GGGGCUUAACCUCGGGUCAGGAGAAAAGAAACACGAAGAAUGUCCACGGAUUUGGGCCUCACCAGCCCGAAAACCACGAGCAGCCCAUAGGAUGGAGGACGCUGCCAGUCCCCAGAACCCACCAUGGACUUUCUCCCCAAGCUCCUUGGCGUCGUGGCUGGAGUGGCGUGCGGCCUGUGCCUGGGAUGGGGCUUCCGUGGGAGGUUCCUGAGGAAGCGCAAGGCUGGAAAGGCUCCACCUGCCAACAACCUGGAGGGCGAGGCGGACGUCAUGGCGGAGUCCGGGGAGUACAAGAUGGUGCUGAUCGUCCGCAACGACCUGAAGAUGGGCAAGGGCAAAGUGGCGGCCCAGUGCGCCCACGCCGCCGUUUCUGCCUACAAGCAGGCGGAGAGAAGGAAUCCCGAGCUCCUGAAGCAGUGGGAGUGCUGCGGGCAACCCAAAAUAGUCCUCAAAGCUCCCGACGAGGAGGCUCUGGCCCAGCUUCUGGCUGAGGCGAAGCGCCUGGGACUGACUGUGAGUUUGAUCCAGGAUGCUGGGCUUACUCAGAUAGCUCCAGGCUCCAGGACCGUCCUGGGGAUCGGGCCAGGGCCAGCUGAUGUCAUAGAUGAAGUCUCUGGUCACCUUAAACUCUUCUAAACUAGGACCACAAAAGUCGAUCUAUGUCAGUACUGAAGGGUUACGGUCCCAGUUUGGGCGUUUUUCCAUGUGCUCUCCCAGUUCCAAUAAAAUAAGCAAGUUUUUGUAAGGUUUAAGUUUGUAAA